AUGGCACCAGGCAGGUCUAUGGCAGAUUCCAGAAACCACACUUUUGUGUCUACGUUUGUGCUCAUGGGACUUACAGACAAUAAAGAGCUGCAACUUCUCCUUUUCCCAAUCUUUCUAGGGAUCUACCUGGUGACUCUGAUAUGGAACCUGAGUCUGAUCAUCUUAAUCAGAAUGGACUCUCACCUGCACACACCUAUGUACUUUUUUCUUAGUUUCCUGUCAUUCCUAGACAUCUGCUAUUCUACAUCUAUCAGCCCAAGAAUGCUUUCAGAUUUCCUCAAAGACCAAAAAACAAUUUCCUUUGCUGCUUGUGCCAUCCAGUACUUUUUUGUAUCUUGGCUAGGGAUAUCUGAGUGUUGUCUCUUGACUGUCAUGGCCUAUGACAGAUAUGUUGCUAUUGGUAACCCCUUGCAGUAUUCUGCCAUCAUGGUUCCAGAUGUGUGUAAGAAGAUGGUUACUGGUGCUUAUGGGAGUGGGUUUUUCAGUAGCUUAAUUCUGACGAUCCCUGGCUUUAAUCUUGAUUUCUGUGGACCUAACAUCAUUGAACAUUUCUUCUGCGACAUGCCCCGUAUGUUUCCUUUGUCUUGCUCUAAUACCUUUAUAUUGCAAAUAAUUGUUUUCCUCAUAGCUAUGCUUGUCGGGUCUGGUUCUUUUUUUAUGAUUUUAUUAUCCUAUGCUUUUAUUGCAGCUUCAAUCCUAAAAAUGUCAUCCAUUAAAGGCAGUCUCAAGGCUUUCAAUACUUGUGCCUCCCAUUUGGCUGUUGUGACACUAUACUAUGGUACAAUUUUUGCUGUUUAUCUUCAGCCUAAUUCUAACCAUCCCAGAAAGCAGGAUAAAGUGCUGUCAGUUUUCUAUGUUAAUGUUAUCCCCAUGUUAAAUCCUCUUAUCUACAGUCUGAGGAACAAGGAGAUCAAAGAGGCACUCAAAAAGGUGAUAGAAAAAGCAAAAACCUACCUCUAA